AUGUGCCCUUGGAAAAAUGAGGUGGCUAAGGUUAGGGAUUCGCGAACUGAGCGCGCUUGGCGUUUGCUGUCUGCUGCUAUUUAUCAACAAGUCUCCUCUGUUUCCUUUCUUCUCUUCCUUCCUCAAACAAGGGUGGGUCGACAAAUCUUAUCUCUAUCUAUAUCUUCGCACGAUGCUAACAUGACAUGGACAGAGCCCAGGAUUCUCGGUGAUGAUAAAAAGAGAGCACACUACUCCGAGGACUUUAGGGAGAUAGCUGGUGCUUUCCCUUUUUUGUUUCUUUUUAAGAAGGGGGACUUGCUGGUUUUUCCCUGAACAGAAUCCACGACAUGGGUGAAAGCGAACAGAGAUCGUAGAGUUUCCUGGCGUUCGAUUCGAUAUGGCUUUGAUUAUUCUAUUGUGGUCCUUUUGGUUUUUUUCCUCCCGCCCUUUCUCCCACCUGUUCUGCGGUAGCCUUCUUGGUUUAAGCGGGAUAGGGGGAAGGGAUUGAGUUGGCUGGCGGGGGUUUGAAGGCAGGACAUGUGGGUGCGGUGAUGAAUGAAUGCUUGCACAGCACUUCGGAGACUAACGGUACUUACUCUUGUACCCGGCUUUGUUCGGCAUUCCCCUUAGAGAUGGGGCUUGGGCGGAUGAUCGUUCGAGGAUGGGGAAGGAGUUUGUUCUAGGUCAGUGAUGGAGUUAAUGUAGUUUUCAAUCUGAGCAGGCGGUUUGAAUGUUCUACCGGAAAUCCCUUGCCAGUCUGCUUUCCUGGAGGAUGGGGGACCUAGGACUACGCGGGAUGGGAUAGUCGGGUUGUGUCGCCUAAUGAUGACAAACAUGUUCAAAAGCCAAAUAUGACUUUUCAUCAACCUGACCUGCUGCUCCUAAUCUGUCCUGCGGGUUUUGGGCGGCGGGAUAUGGUUGACGAUGAUCAAAAACACAAGAGAGCUAUAAUUCAUGUCUGAAGGCAUU